AUGGUGGUCGAAGGCGCGGUGGAGCGAGCGGACGUGACGGACGUCGUGGAGGAUGUGGAGGAUAUGUUCGACCACGGGCGGCGAACGACGACGGCGACGGCGGAGGAUGCGGUGGCGGCGGUGUCGACGACGAGUGGGGUGGGACGGAGCGCGCGAACGCUCGAACCGACGGUGAACGUGCGCGCGCGUCGACGAGAGGGCGAGGUGGACGACCGGGGAGGGGCGGAGGACGAUGAGACGGAUGAGACGGGCGGGACGCGACCGGGACGCGGAAAGAUCUUCGUGCACACGUUCGGGUGCUCGCACAAUCACUCUGACUCGGAGUUCAUGGCGGGACAGUUGCAAUCGUACGGGUACGAACUCGUGAAGGAUGCCUCGGACGCGGAUGGGUGGUUGGUGAACACGUGUACGGUUAAGAACCCGAGUCAGAGCGCGAUGAACACCGUCCUCGAGCGAGGCAAGGCGGCGAAUAAAGCGCUCCUCGUCGCCGGUUGCGUGCCUCAGGGGGAUAAGGGGGCGAAAGAAUUGAAAGAUGUGAGUCUUUUGGGGGUGACUCAGAUCGAUCGCGUCGUAGAGGCGAUGGAGAGAACGCUUGCCGGCGACACCGUGCGCAUGCUGGAGAAAAAGACGCUCCCGAGACUGGAUCUACCAAAGGUGAGAAGGAACGAAUUCGUCGAGAUUUUACCCCUGAGUACCGGGUGCCUCGGAGCGUGUACGUAUUGCAAAACGAAGCAUGCGCGCGGAGAUCUCGGGUCGUACGAAAUUUCCGCCUUGGUGAGCCGCGUAGAGCAAGCAAUCUCAGAGGGCGUGUCCGAGGUGUGGUUAUCGUCCGAAGACACUGGGGCGUACGGGAUAGAUUUGGGGACGGAUGUCGCGGCUUUAUUUCGUGCCAUCACCGCAGUGCUUCCCACCGAUGGUUCGGUGAUGCUGCGACUCGGGAUGACGAAUCCGCCGUACAUUUUAGCUCACCUCGACGCGGUCGCCGAGGCGAUGCGGCACCCAGCCGUAUACGCGUGGAUGCACAUCCCGGUGCAGAGCGGGUCGAACGCCGUAUUAGAGGCGAUGAAACGCGAGUACACAGUUGAGGAAUUUCGCACGGUUUGCGACACGUUACUGGAGGCCGUGCCGGGCAUGGUCAUCGCCACAGACGUCAUUUGCGGAUUCCCGGGCGAGACGGACGAGCAGUGGCGAGAGACCAUGCAGCUCAUCGAAGAGUACAAGUUCCCCGAGGUGCAUAUCUCGCAAUUUUAUCCUCGUCCAGGGACUCCUGCGGCAAGGAUGAAGCGUGUCCCCACUCAAAUCGUCAAAGGUCGCUCUCGAGAGCUCACCGUGCUCUUCGAGUCGUAUCAGCCCCACCAGCACUUGGUCGGUAAGACGGAGCGCGUCUGGGUGAGUGAUAUUGCUCGCGACGGGACGUCACUCGUCGCCCACACGAAGAAUUACACGCAGAUCCUUUUGCCGGGGGGCGAGGACCAGCGCGCGCACUUGAUGGGUCGAAGCGCUAUGGUUGAGAUCUACGAGUCGUCCCGCUGGUCGUGCAAGGCGCGAGUUCUGGAGGUCAUUGAUGCGGACCCCACCGUUGCCAGAGUUCGUCUCAGCGUCAUUCCGAGCGAAGAGGAGUCAAAGAUGAUUCGUGAGAAGCUCACCAAGGGCAAGCGUGUUCGCAUCAAGAAGGCGCAAGAGAUGCCCGAGACCGGUUGUUCCGUGUGUGGAAGCGACUCUUCUUGCCCGUCGUCAAAGGAACCCGUCACGGCGCGUUACCUCUCGGUCGAAACUGUGUUGAUCGCUGGCACGUGCAUUGGGGCCAUUAGUCUGGCUUGUGCGUUGUACGCGCGAAAUAGAAGAAACUAG